UGUUCAUCUGGAACGUACGAGCUCGAGGCGGAUAGUGCUGACCUAAAGCACGAAGUCAAGAGAUGUUCUGCUGUCCAUGCAACAUGUUUCUGGUACGACGGACACAUCUUGUAUCUCGAAAGGAUGGACGACAGCCCGCAGAACGAGAGGACAGCAGAUGUGGGGCACUUUCUGGCCUCUAAGCCUGAAGAAGGUCCGCAACAAAACACAGUUGCGCUACUUGUUCAGUGGACCACGCAAGAACGAUGUCUUGCUGCUUGAAGACAUUGAUACAGCUGGUAUUCGCCACGAGAAGAUGGAGGCAGACACAUCCGAGAAGUCUGAGCUUGACGAAACCUAAGCCAAUGACAAGCGAGACGAUCGUGAAGGAAAAGAGGCUGUCACACUCGCGGGUCUCUUGGAUGCGAUCGACACGGCUGGAGACGGCGGUGUGCUUGUCAUGACUUCGAACAAGCCAGUACAUCUGGACGAAGCUCUCAUACGUGCCGGACGCAUCGAUAGAGAUAUCUAUUUCGAAAAGGUAACGAAAGAGACCCCCGGAAUGAUCUUCGAGCGCAUGUACACGGAUCUGGAGGAGCCAAACUUCGAAAGGCUGACCAAAGGCUUUAAGUCGGCGAUCCCGAACGAUGAGUUGACAGCAGCUGGUGUGCAAGGCUAUCUCAUCGCGCACAGUUCUCCGAAAGAAGCGGCUGAGCAGGCUGCGGGAUGGAUCAUGGCCAAGCAGGUGAGAAGGGAUGAACGAACGACGAGGUUAGUAUCCAGCGGCCAAGGACGACCGAGAAGCUCAAUAGAGAUCCCACAGCAAGGUGGCCAGGGAAACGGAGACAGAAGCGAAGAACCAGAGUCUAGACUUGCACACGCACAGAUUUGGGCUGGUGCUGAUAGACGUCCCAGAAUCUCGCGUUUUCCGAAAAUGAAGAGCAGACCAUGAUAGAGAGAUCAACCCCAUACUGCCAGAUGUGUCGAUCAAGCGUCAAGCGUGUGUAGCAAUGAGAUGAAGUAUAUGAUCCCAACUCGACCUGCCCUGAAAGUGAUAGGCUUGAACUCAAGAAAUAUGAUAAAGUCGUAAUGUGCUGGUUACUCGGACUCGAGCCAAGCCAGGCUAUUCGAAGAUGCAGGCGCUCGAACUGCGGCCGCGGACAGGUCAGCAGGAAGGUGCGAGUGUAGCACGGCAAGCGACAUGCGUAAACGAGAAGUAGCAAUGGCUGAUGGCAGCGGAAAUUUGCUCAUCUUGUCAAAU